AUGGCGAAGCUAGCUCCAGAGAAAGCGGAGAUACAGACUAUUUCUAUACAGCCGAAACUGGAGAUAAAAAUCAAAAUCAAAGCCUUCAUAGCCCAAAGAUGGCUAGCCCAAUGGAACGCAACUCACCUCUACAGGCUGGUUGGCCGACAUUUCAAGGCAUUGCUGAUACUGGCCACUGUGUGCCUUGGUUUUUACCUGAUACGAUACUGGUUGGCGUCGGUGUCGUACAAACAAGCAUUCAAAUGGUUCUUCAAGUUGCGAUAUGGAGAGUACAGGGACCCAUUUAUAAACCAGCAUCGAUAUGAAUACAUUCUGUCGCCUACAGUUUGCUCUCAACGAAACUUCAACAUAUUCAUCACUGUACAAUCAGGGCCAACAAAUACGAAACGCAGACAAGUGAUCCGGGCAAGCUACGGAUCCCUCCAUCGCUUCCAUGGCCUUUCGAUAGCUCUGGUGUUUAUGCUUGGCAGUGUUAAUGAUUCCAUCCUUCAAGAAAAGAUAACCAGGGAAUUUAGAGAUCACAACGACAUUGUGCAAGGCAACUCGUAUGAUGGUUACACCUUUCUCAACCGGAAACAUAUCAUGGCCAUGGACUGGUUCUUGAAGAACUGCCAGUCCGAUUUUGUAGUGAAGCUAGAUGACGACACGUUUGUUAAUCCGUACCGUCUCGUUGAUUACAUGUCAAGUUUGAAGAAGCCCGUACCUAAUAUGAUGUUUUGUAAAGUGAUGAAAAAUGAGAUCCCAGUUCGUGAGCCGAGCUCCAAAUGGCACACGCCAUAUUAUCAGUACCCGUUUCAGAAGUUUCCGCCUUUUUGUUUAGGAUUUGCUUAUGUGACAACGCCUAAGGUUUGGGCGACCCUGUAUGCAGCAUCUGAAACUAACCGACCAAUGGAUAUGGAUGAUGUUUAUGUGAGCGCAGUGUUAGGAGCUUCCACAGGUCUCCAGUUGAAGGACAUCGGAGACUUAAUGUACGACUGUAUCAAGCACCAGCGGACUGUGAAUAUGGAAUCGUUGCGAAGGUCUGUACUUGUACUGGACAGAUGGAACAACUGCGGGGAUCAACCUUUUAAACACUGGGAGGACAUAAAACAGUAUUACAAUGAGAAAAGCAGUGUUAUUGGCUUCUGAACAAAUGUCGUAAAAAAAGGCUUUAAGCAAUACGGUCAUCCAUUCAGAUACUUUAACAUGAAAAUGUGUUGUUUGACGAGGGUUGUCUUGUGAUAUCAGAAUAUGAUCUUAUAUAAGCAACACAUUUUUUUCAGUUUUAGGAACUUGACUGGCCGUCGCCCAAAAGGUUCUGUAAGUCCCCACGGUCCCUAGUUUUUAGCUCACCGGGUGCGAAGGACCAAGGUGAGCUUAUGCCAAACCGUGGCGUCCGUCGUCCGUCGUCGGUACGUCAACAAUUUAUUCAAACGACUUCUUCUUCUAAACCACUAAUUUGAAAUUAACGAAAUUUGAC